AUGACAGUCGGCGAUCAAAGGCUUUCAUCGGGGUUUAAUAAGAUCACCAUCCAGGAUGAUCCCCGGGCGCUACUCCCCCUGCUCAAAUCCCAGCUGCCUCAUUCGAUUCCUCUCCUCCGGCGUCUGCAGCAUAACCUGACAUUCCCGUCAGCGACCGCCAGACUGCUGACGACGUUUCCAGGGGUCGAGCCGCCGUCCGGACCAUGGCUGGCUGCGUAUGUGGAUCUUCCACGUGGGCGAGAGACGCAGAUGACUCUGUACUCAAGUCUCGAGCGGGACUCUGUCGUUGACGACAAGGAUCCUGCUGUCAUCUCCACUCUCCACGGUCCCCCCGAAACUCUAGCGCUCGCUCGCGCACAGCUAUUGGCCUUGCUCUCGUAUACCAAGUCAACCUUGUUGCCGGGGUACCUGGCCUCGCUUACUGCCCCAAGUGUAGAACCUGGCCCUCCCAACGCACCGGGUCAGAUGCCGCCCCCGCCACCGCAGGCCUUUCUCAUUGGAAACCUGCAUAGUGGCCUCAUGGCCUUGCUGAAGAAGUCGGGGAUUUACACAGACCCGGAGCCGGUACCAGGUAUCCGGAUCCACCGUUACGAUAAUCCCCCAUAUGUCAAGUACCUUUUCCACAACAGACACGCGCACUCAGAGCUAGACGCAGGACUACCAGUCGGGUAUCGAUUUCAGGACUGUCAAGGGCGGACGGGAGUCCUCCCACACCACUACGCGCUGGUCCGUAGCAGGACGCAUCUGCCCCGUUCGGACGAGACACUGUCCAGGAUCCCGGGAGUGGCUGUGUAUGUUGCUCGACCUGGAGAGGGGGAGGAGACACCCAUCGCGUGGGUGUUCCUCGGCCUUGACGGGAGUUUGGCGACGUUGUUUGUUGAGCCUGAGCAUCGCGGCAAGGGAAUCGCGGAAGCGAUUUCGCGCGAGGUGAUGCGGCGUGGGAUGGCGGAAGGAGGGAUCUGGCGGGCGGUUGGCGAAGAAGGCGAGGUGUGGGUUCAUGCGAAUGUGCUUGCGACGAACGGGGCCAGUCGGCGGGUGCUGGAGAAGCUGGGAGGAGAGGUUGGAUGGACGAAUACGUGGACGGUGGUCGAGUUGGACAGUUGA